CUGGGGCUGCAGUGAGCACAGGCAGACGGUAACGGGACUUUGCGAUAUCCAGAAAGAGACUUAUCGUCUGCUCCAGUCCACCGUAACGUUGGAGAGGAUAAUCUGAAUUUUGAAAAAGUCUUUUUUUCGAAUAAAAUGGGACUGUGGACCAUUUUAGUCGUCGUUUGCCUGCCUUUUGCUGUAAUAAGCCACUCGCACACAUCGCCUCAAGCAAGUGGUUCUAACCCUCCGAAGGACAGCGUUGGUCCCCUGAUACCGAUUGACCAUCAAAGAUGUCUGGCCAUGACGAGACAGACACGUUACGUGACGCUACCCAUGCCUUACCUGUGUCGGCCGGGCAAGGCCGGAGGUAUACCUGUACCUGACAAGAUGACGUCACAGGUGGCAGUGGUCCUCUUCGGGUUGCAUUCGGAAGGAUUUCGUCUGUGCCAGCAUGAAAUACGAGUUCCGAUGCACAGGUACAUCCCCGUACCCGUGUGCUGUCCAGGUUGGGCCAAGGAUCCGGUCGGCGGAUGCACCAUCUCUUCAUACCUUAUGAAGAAGGGUUUCUGUCUCAAUGGUGGAAUACCCGUGAUGAAGAAUGGUCCGCCAACAUGUUUGUGCGCGCCUGGGUUCGCUGGUCCAAUCUGCCAGUUCAAGAACCAGGCUACAUCACAAUCUGGGCCGCAAUCGAGGAACGCAAGACCCGUGCCUUUCGUCAAAACAAUGAUGCCAAUAGCGGGUGGCCCAAUGGGACGACCUCCUUUCAGACCUCGAUACCAACUCCCCACCGGCAUGAAUGGUCCUAUGCAGGGGACACCGCCCAUGGCAAGACGUCCUUCGAGAAUACCUCCACCGGCUAGACUGCCAGUUCCACUGAAGCAGAUGGGAGGAAAACCGGCCAUGAUGAAUGCCAACAACAUGCCCAUGCCCAUGCCCAUGCCCAUGCCCAUGCCCAUGCCCAUGCCCAUGCCCAUGCCCAUGCCUGGCAAUGCUCGUCAGAUGCCGCAAAUGAUGCCCAACCGUCGCAUGCCCCCGAUGCCCCCGAUGCCACACCGCAACAUGAUGCCAAACAACAGAAUGAUGAUGCCAAACAGAAGAAUGAUGAUGCCAAACAACAGAAUGAUGAUGCCCAACAACAGAAUGAUGAUGCCAAAUAACAGAAUGCCAGGACGCCCUGGAAUGAGGACACCAAUGCAGUAUGGAGUCAUGGUCAAUAACAGAAUCCCGCAAACUGGUCGAGUAUCCCCACACACUGUGCGACUCCCACUCAGUCCAGCUCAGAUGAUGAGAGCUCGCGUCUCACCCGACGGACUGUCCAUCCUCAUCCCAUGCAGGAUGAACCCUCGCAUGUUCCACAUCAUCAAUCUGAGAAACCCUGUUAACCCUGGACAGCUUGGGCCGAACCAGCGUCUUCACCCAGCAGUGCUACAGAGAAUAAUAGCAGAAAAGGCGAAACAGUUCACGGGCAUUCCCAACACCCUGCCGCCAAAGAUUAUGUCUCAGGUAUCCCAAGUGAUAAGCAGCGCCAGGAAGAUCAACCCAAUGAUCAACCCUGCGGCCAUCAACCCAGUGCCCUCACCUAACUACCCUCGCCCGGUAGUGGCGCCGCCCGUUGUUCUGUCGAGGAGACCCGGAGUUCCAUUUCCAGAGAGUAGGCCACAGAUUCCAAAGAGAGUCCAGAUGAUGAUGGGAGAUACCAGUGGACGGGACAGAUGUCGGCAGAUCCUCGAGAUGGGCGUGACUCGGUGUUUUAGAGAAGCGGGAAUCAUCGCCGCACCCAGUGACCUGUUCAACCCGCAGAAUCCAGCACUAGCCGGCAGAAUAUGCGGCAUCGGUGGACGCGUUGGCCCGUGCAUCAUGGCGGGGGAGACGGCGUGUGGGGGAGGAAUGAGGAUCAUGCUUACCAGACGGAUGUUGUCCCAGCUGCUUGGUACCAUCAGCAGUUUCUGUCAGUCCUCGCGAGGAAACAUAGGUCAGUCACCAGUUAGAGGAAGAAUGCCGCCGGGACCAAUGUUUCGAAAUAACCCACAGCAGACGAGAUUCCAGCCAAUGAAUCCUGGUCUCCAGAGACCCACCAACAUUCCACAAAGAGGCAACAUGAUCCCCGACUCAAACAUGUCCCCACCAGAUAUGGACAUGCCCAGAGAACAGAUGCCUACAAGCAAGUUGGGAUUCCAAUCUGGUCCCAACAACCCACCACCGAGUGGGAUCGAUGAUCUGGAGAGAAGUAUGCCGAGCAACAUGCCAGACCUCCCCCAGCCUAGCAUGCCCAGCAACAUGCCAGACCUCCCCCAGCCUAAUGUGCCCGAAGAACCAAGGAACAUCAUCACCGAUGGAAUAAACAGUGAGGUCGCGCAUCCUGAAUAUGCCCCACCUCUAGGUCAAAUGGACGAUUUCAAUCUCGAGGGAGAGCUGCGUAACCUCGUCAUAGACCCGACGCUGGAGUGCCUCAAUGGAGGAGAGAUCGUCCCGGAAGAAGGGGUGGCCAUCUGCAUAUGCCCGGUUGGGUUCACGGGGGUGCAGUGUGAGACACAAAUAGAAGAAAUUAUCUCACCAGAGGAACCAAUACCAAUUAAUGCACCAGAGGAUACCCUAAAUGAAGAAGUGAAACCAACUGAAGCGGUUCCAGCGCCCGAGGAUCACUUUGACCCAACUCGUCCAUCACGACUGGAUGUGAAAACAGAAACUGAACUGGCACACCAAGGGCCGAACGAGAGCCCCAGACCGAUGCACGAGACUCCAAUGGAACCGGCGCUGCCCUCAGCAGACGACAUCAACAGAGUCGUGGACAAGGAGCGCGUCGUGUCUGACGCCGCGUCGCCGUCUGCCCAGGCGAAGCCCUCCGAGUCGUCGCUGGACUACAGCAAGAAGGAGAGUCUGGAGGUGGCCGGCUUCCCGCUGUGGAUGAUCCUCGCCAUCGCCCUGGGCUUCCUGCUCGUGCUCUUCGUCGUCUGCCUCACGCUCUGCCUGUGCAUCAGGUGCAGGAAGACGAAGAGCGCCGAGAUCACGCAGAUGCCAGAGAAGCUUCCCAUCCCGGACACGAUGUUCACGAUAUCGGCCAUGCCGCCCAAGUACGAGUCGCAGGGCAUCCACCCGCUGUCGUACGAGGAGGCGAAGGGGGAGACGAUCUACGCGGUGGUUAAGAAGGACAAGAAGGAAGAGGAGGGAGGUGAGAAGGAGGAGGGCGACAAGGACAAGAAGGAAUCGAAGGAGGAGGAAAGCAUAAAUGUCUGAGGUAAGAGUGACUAUAAACAUUGAUUU